AUGUUGCUGUUCCAGAACGCGGAGCAGGUGGUGCAGGUGGUGCGUGGCGGCGAGCGUCACGUAGCGGGGCCGGUGCAGAGCAACCGCAUCGCGGUCAUCCCGCACGGCUCCCUCCUCGUCGACACGGUGACGGGGAACAUCGCGGCGGUGGGCACCAACGACGAGGUGCAGGCCUUCGUGACAGCCAAAAACUGUCGCGUCGCGGAGACAGUGGAGUGCGCCGGGAAGGUGCUGCUCCCGGGCUUUGUGGACGCCCACACCCACCCUGUGUGGGACGGCGACCGCUCCCACGAAUUUACGCUGAAGCUCAACGGCGCCAGCUACAUGGAUGUGCAGCGCGCGGGUGGCGGCAUCGGCUUCACCACGCGCAGCACCCGCGCCGCAAGUGAGGCGGAUCUCAAAGCGAUGCUGCAGAAGCGGCUGCAACGCAUGUUGUCCUUCGGCACGACAACGGUGGAAGGGAAGAGCGGCUACGGGCUUGAGCGAGAGACGGAGCUUAAGAUGCUGCGGGUGCUAAAGCAAGCGAACGAUGCGGGGCCGUUGACGGUGGUCAGCACCUUCUGCGGGGCGCACGCGGUGCCGGAGGGGAAGACGGCGGAGGAGGCCGUGCGUGACGUGGUGGAGGUGCAACUGCCCGCCGUCAUGCAGGAGCGUGCCGAGGGAAGGAACGAUGUGCGGAACAUUGACGUUUUCUGCGAGCUUGGCGUGUUCGACCACGACCAGUCGCGGCGUAUUUUGGAGGCCGGGAAGAAGGCGGGGCUGCACGUGAACUUCCACGGUGACGAGUUAUCCUUCGUCGCCUCCGGGGAGCUUGCCGGGGAGGUUGGGGCGCAGGCCGUCUCCCACCUUGAGCAGGUUAGCGACGAGGGCAUUGCCUGCAUGAGCAAAAAGCCGACGUUCGCCGUGCUGCUCCCCAUGACUGCGUACGUCCUCCGCAUCACGCCACCCCCUGCACGGAAGCUGAUUGACGGCAACGUCCCCGUGGCCCUCGGUAGCGACUUCUGCCCCAACGCCCACUCCCUGUCAAUGCCGCACACGAUGAAUGUUGCGUGCGUGCUGAUGCACAUGACGGUGGAGGAGGCGCUGGUGGCGGCGACCAUCAACGCAGCGGGAAGCCUGGACCUGAGUGAUCGCUGUGGCAGCCUGGAGGCGGGCAAGUGGGCCGACGUCGUCGUGCUGCAGGCCCCGCGCUGGGAGCAUGUGGUGUACCAGAUGGUGGAUCCCCCCAUUGAGGCGGUGUACAAGAAGGGCAAGCGCGUCUACCACAAGCAGCUGCCGUAG